AUGACGUCUGGUCUGGCAGAGUUCUUCUCCUCCGCUCAGGCGGUCUCCCGGCUCCCGCAGGAGAGAGUACAACGGAAAUGGAGGUUGCCUUCGAGGCCGCAACUAUCGUUUGUGGCGUUUAUUGCCGCUGCAGUCGUACUUCUGGGUUUUCCGUCGUUGCCCACCUCAGGGGCAGAUGAGCCGUCAUCCGUGUCCCCCGCCUGUACUGCGAGUGGUCUCGAGACGACUUGCACCUGCUCCGAAACGAAAGCCAAGGCCGGCGUGAGCAACGAGUCGGCUACGCUGUCGAAAGACACCAACAUUCUCAGAGUGGAAUGCACUAACCCUACUGUGUUUGCACCCACAGAGGCAAAUGGCACAACGGUCUGUUCAGCGGAGCCUCCCCCCGACUUCAAGGACUGCAAGGAAAAUAUACAGCAACUUCUUGGUGGAGAUCCCAGCAGCGUCAAGUGGGAAGCCUGUAAAGAAGAGAAAGCAAAGGGUGCCGAAAAGUGCAAGACCCUGACUGUCCCGCAGACGAAUCUCCCGUUCGUCGACCAAAGAUUUGCUGUGGGUUGUACCGAGGAGCCAAACAACAACAACAAACUUUGCAGAAUCCCUGUGACAAUAAAGGCCAGAGCUAGCGCGACAAACGGUCAGACUGUCACGUGUGCCUACGGCGCCGGCAGCAAUGAAUCCCGUCAAGCCGUCACUCUCAACCCAUCCAAGAACAGCUUCACUCUGGUCUGUGGAGAGAAGGGAACCGUGCUGCCGACGAACUACGAUACUAAGUUCUGCCCCUCGGAUCCAGCUGGCACGAGUACGACAUGCGACGGAGACUACCAGUCGAUUCUGCCGGGCUUCGAGAACGGCUGGUGGAAAAAAGACGAUCCCGACACCCCCAAGUCGUUCACUCUGUCUAUUCCAGUUGACAAGUUCCCGAAGGAGCAGGCGAAGAUGGUGGUUGCGUGCCAGCAGACGAAAACGAAAUCCGGCAGCGGCAGCCCUGCAGAAGGCGCGGCAACGUCCAGUGUAUGUACAGUUGACGUGACUAUCGAGGCGAGUGCAUUCGCAGCCGCAGCCAGAGGGAUGAAAUGGGCGUUCGCCUCACUUGCUGGAACUGCUCUGCUUGUCAUGGUCUCGCAAGCUUAG